AUGGCUUCGAGACGGAGAGACAUGGCAAAUGCUACACCGGUUCCGACCCUCAUAUAUCAGGUCAAUUAUGCCGGUCACUUCCGAACAGACGAUGGCAUUUUCCUUUCCAGCUCUGACAACCUACGCAUCAAGCGGCGAGGCCUUUUCAAUGGAGAAGGUGGCGGCACAGCUAAUAUUCAGUAUCAUCAGCAAAUGAUCAUGGGUGGAUCCCUGUCCAAGCAGAAUCAAAGCGAGCUGCUCUAUGAUAUCGAUCGGAUCCUGGAUUGUGCUCAGUCAAUAGCCAUCGCAGGCGGUACGAACCCGGUGACUAAGUGGUUUAAAUAG